CGGGGCGCUGGGCCCGGCCGGGCAGUCUGCCGACGUCCGCUGCUGUCUCUGCACGCUGCUCCGCGAGUGACUCACAUCAAGCACUGCAAACUCACUGACACUUCGACCUUCAGUUUCACUGUGAACGAGACCUCAAUUAAAGGUGGUGUGGAGGAGGAUGUGAAGUGGGCUGUCCGUCUGCGCUGCGCCGCGCUUGGACAUGACGAGUCGGAGAUAGUGCCAGGUGCCCGGUGGUGGUCGGUGGGCGGCAUGCGCGCGCUGCUGGCGGUGCUGUGCGCGGCGGCGGCGGCGGCGGGCGCGAGCGCCGGGGCCCACGAGCACCGCGCGCGCCACCACGCGCCCGAGCACGCCUACCCGCCGCCGCCCUACCGCGGCCACGGCGAGGCCGUGCGCUACAACCCCGAGCUGGACACCAUCCUGCCGCGCCUCGACCACGAGACCUCCUCCCGCCGCGCCAAGUACGCCGACAAGCACGACGACUACCGCGCCCGCGAGCGCCUCGACGCGCCGCAGGCCGACCAGCCCGCGCUCGGGCCCGACGACGACGACCCGCUCGUCGUGCGCACGCGCAAGGGACGCGUGCGCGGCAUCACGCUCACCGCCGCCACCGGCAAGAAGGUCGACGCGUGGUUCGGCAUCCCCUACGCGCAGAAACCCAUCGGCGACCUGCGCUUCCGCCACCCGAGACCCGUCGAGAACUGGGGCGAUGAGAUCCUCAACGCGACCACGCUGCCGCACUCGUGCGUCCAAAUAAUAGACACCGUGUUCGGAGACUUCCCCGGGGCCAUGAUGUGGAACCCCAACACGGACAUGCAGGAGGACUGCCUCUACAUCAACAUCGUGACCCCGCGGCCGAGGCCCAAGAAUGCGGCGGUCAUGCUGUGGGUGUUCGGCGGCGGGUUUUACUCCGGCACGGCCACGCUAGAUGUUUAUGACCCUAAAAUAUUGGUGUCUGAAGAGAAAAUUGUGUAUGUGUCUAUGCAGUACAGAGUUGCUUCUCUAGGUUUUCUAUUUUUUGACACUCCCGAUGUCCCUGGAAACGCAGGUUUAUUUGAUCAAUUGAUGGCGUUGCAGUGGGUAAAAGACAAUAUACAAUACUUUGGCGGAAACCCUCACAAUGUCACAUUGUUUGGAGAAUCGGCCGGUGCAGUUUCCGUGUCAUUACAUUUACUGUCUCCGCUGUCAAGAAACAUGUUUUCUCAAGCUAUUAUGCAAUCUGGAGCCGCAUCUGCACCUUGGGCCAUCAUUUCCAGAGAGGAGAGUGUGAUAAGGGGCAUCCGCCUGGCCGAGGCCGUCCACUGCCCGCACUCCAAGACUGACAUGGGUCCUAUGAUCGAGUGUCUGCGUAAAAAGAGUGCCGAUGAAUUAGUAAAUAAUGAGUGGGGGACGCUCGGCAUUUGUGAAUUUCCAUUCGUUCCAAUAAUAGACGGGUCGUUUUUAGAUGAAAUGCCGAUACGAUCGCUCGCCCACCAGAAUUUUAAAAAGACUAAUAUCCUAAUGGGUUCAAACACUGAGGAAGGUUAUUAUUUCAUACUUUAUUACCUCACUGAGCUUUUCCCGAAAGAAGAAAAUGUUGGUAUUUCGAGGGAACAGUACCUGCAAGCGGUCAGAGAACUGAAUCCGUAUGUGAAUGAUGUUGCCAGACAAGCUAUUGUGUUCGAAUACACUGAUUGGUUGAAUCCUGACGAUCCAAUAAGAAAUCGCAAUGCCUUGGAUAAGAUGGUGGGCGACUACCACUUUACCUGCGGAGUGAACGAGUUCGCGCAUCGCUACGCCGAGACGGGGAACAACGUGUACACUUAUUACUACAAACACCGGAGCAAGAACAACCCCUGGCCGUCCUGGACCGGGGUCAUGCACGCUGACGAAAUAAACUACGUGUUCGGUGAACCCUUGAACCCUGGAAAGAAUUACUCACCCGAAGAAGUGGAGUUUAGUAAAACCAUAAUGAGAUACUGGGCAAACUUCGCGAGAACUGGGAACCCGUCCCAGUCUCCGAACGGCGAGCUGACCAAAGUGCACUGGCCCGUGCACACAGCCUUCGGUCGCGAGUACCUGUCUCUGUCCGUCAACUCCAGCGGGACCGUCGGCCACGGGCUGCGCGUCAAGCAGUGCGCCUUCUGGCAGAAGUACCUGCCUCAGCUCAUCGCUGCUACUAGCAAACCUGAGCCCCCCAAGAACUGCACGAGCAGCGCCGGGGCGCCCCGCGCGUCGUACCACGUGCUCGGCUUGGCGGUCGUCGCAGCCGUUAGUUUCAGCCAAAAGACAAUCGUGAAACUUAUUAUAUGAACUUAACUUUACUAUUAGGCUAUUAGUAUAAACCUUAAAUGCCUCUCAUUUAUUUCAAUCUUUCUUUUAUUUGGAUUCAAGUUUGAAUCUCGCUUUUCCGGAUGUUUUCAUGUACAUGUUUACAUGUUCCGAUCUCAAAAUGUAGCUGCUCUCAACAUUUCUAGGGAAUCUCUAACGUUCCACUAACUGUUAAAUUGUUUUUAUAAUUAGACUUUAUCAUUGUUACAUGUUUUGUACAUUAUAGUUUUAAGCCACCUCAAGUGUUUUAAAUUGCGCUGAAUGUUCAUAAUUAAAAAUACUUCUACUAAA